UCUCAGAAAGAAUUCGGAGCGUCUUCCGGAGUAACAUCAACAACGCUACAUAAAAUGAAGCAAACAAAACAGCAAAAUGGGCCAGACAUACAUGCAUGCCUACGCUAACUUUACUUCGAUAAAUUACUCGCAAUCUUACAACGUAAUAGACGUUGAUAAAGACGAUUGUGCCGUCGCAGAUGAACCUAAAUAUCCAAGUAGCUUCGGAAUAAUGCUGGCCGUCCCGGAAUGGGAGGCAAUUUGUACAGCUAUAGUACUGACACUUAUCAUCAUUUCGACCAUUGUGGGCAACAUCUUAGUGAUACUUAGUGUAUUCACAUAUAAGCCACUUAGAAUUGUCCAAAAUUUCUUCAUAGUAUCGCUCGCUGUAGCUGAUUUAACAGUUGCCAUUUUAGUUCUUCCUCUCAACGUAGCCUAUUCAAUACUUGGACAAUGGGUCUUUGGAAUUUAUAUGUGCAAAAUGUGGCUAACCUGCGAUAUAAUGUGUUGCACUUCCUCUAUAUUGAAUCUUUGCGCGAUAGCUCUGGACAGAUAUUGGGCAAUAACGGACCCAAUAAAUUAUGCACAAAAGAGAACCUUAGAGAGAGUGCUCUUUAUGAUUGGAAUAGUGUGGAUAUUUUCGCUUAUAAUUAGCUCACCACCACUUUUGGGCUGGAACGAUUGGCCUGAAGUUUUUGAACCCGAUACCCCGUGUCGCCUAACAUCGCAACCUGGCUUUGUUAUAUUUUCAUCUUCUGGGUCAUUUUAUAUACCACUAGUAAUAAUGACAGUAGUUUACUUUGAAAUAUACUUAGCAACCAAAAAAAGAUUAAGAGAUAGAGCUAAAGCAACAAAAAUUAGUACAAUAUCGAGCGGACAAAAUAAAUUUGCUUCCAAGGAAAGCGAUGAAAAAGACCAAGAUUCUGUAAGCUCAGAAGCCAACCACAACGAACAUCAAGGUGUGACACGACUCGUGUCAAACAACGAAAAAAAGAAAAAGGCCAAGAAAUCAACGCCAAAAAAGAAACCUAAGUGUAGGUAUUGGAGUAAGGAUGAUAGAUUUAAAAACAAGCUUAUCAUUCCAAUUUUAUCAAAUGACAAUUCAGUUACAGACAUUGCAGAUAAUAUAGAGAAUAGAAAUACCUCUUCGGAGAGUAACUCUAAGGAAACACAUGAAGACGAUUUAGAAGUGAUUGAAACUUCAAUAAAGGUUCAAAAACGUCCAAAACCGAGCCAACAGAAUACUGUGUAUCAAUUUAUAGAAGAGAAACAACGAAUAUCGCUCACGCGCGAACGUCGAGCAGCUCGAACGCUUGGAAUUAUUAUGGGAGUAUUUGUUGUGUGUUGGUUACCAUUCUUCGUUAUUUACCUUGUGAUACCAUUUUGUGCGAGUUGCUGUCUAUCAAACAAGUUUAUAAACUUCAUAACUUGGCUUGGAUAUAUAAACUCUGCUUUGAAUCCUCUAAUUUAUACGAUAUUCAAUAUGGACUUCAGAAGGGCGUUCAAAAAACUAUUGUGCAUAAAACCUUGA